AUGUUUUUUUUUACCGCGGCCUUUUUUUUUUUUUUGCCUUGUCUAGUUCUUUUUUCUCGCCAUUGCUUUUCUUUUUUGUCUUCUUUUAUCAACAUUAUUUUUAUUUCUCACAGACUUGAUAUCUUCUUCUUCUUCUUCUUCUUCUUCUUCUUCUUCUUCUUCUUCUUCUUCUUCUGUUGGCAUGUUUCCUUCUUUCUUUCACAAUAUUCUUCUUUUCCCUUUCUUUCCCCACCUCUCUUGAAAUAUGUAUUGGCAUUUUUGUUCGUUCUUUCUUUCUUUCUUUCUUUCUUUCUUUCUUUCUUUCUUUUGCAAUAUUCUAUUCGCUUUCCUUCUCCUUCUUAUAUUAACUUUCUUUCUUCGUUUCUGUUUGUUUGUUUGUCUCGUUCUUUCUUUCUUUCUUUCUUUCUUUCUUUCUUUCUUUCUUUCACAACCUUCUUCUUUUCACUUUCUUUAUCUCCUGUGUUGAAAUAUUUAUUGGUAUCGUCUUUGUUUGUUUGUUUCUUUCUUUCAAAAUCUUCUUUGAACUUUCUUUUACUCUUUGGGGACAUAUUUAUUGGUAUCUUUCUUUCUUUCUUUUUUUCUUUCUUUCUUUCUUUCUUUCUUUCUUUCUUUCACAAUCUUCUUCUUUUCCCUUUCCCCACCUCUCUUGAAAUAUGUGUUGGCAUUUUCCGUUCUUUCUUUCUUUCUUUCUUUCUUUCUUUCUUUCUUUCUUUCGUUCUUUCUUUCUUUCUUUCUCCAUUUUCUUAUUUGCUUUCUUUUUUCCUUCACAUUGUUGCUCUUCUUCUUCUUCUUAUUCUUCUUCUUCUUCUUCUUAUUCUUCUUCUUCUUCUUCUUCUUUACCUUGUUCUGUCUAUUCUUUCCUCUUUCCCCAACCCCUCACUCUUUAUCAUUUCUCGUUUCAUUUACAAUAUCUUCUUCUCCUUCUUCUCCCAAUCACCCUCUCUGUCUUCAACACAAUCUCCAAUUCAAUCCAAUACGCUUCGCACUCUCACCGUCACUAUUAUUAUAAGGCAUUCACUUUCAUCAACCAAUGUUAUUGAAUUAAACUCGUUCACUAAUAGGCUUCGCAAUUUCUCCAAACUUUCUUGA